AUGGAAAAAGUCAUCAAUCAAGUUGAUAAGAUUUUACAUGACGGAGCGAGAAAAAAUAGCAAAGAACUAAACAACGCAUUAAUUAUGCCAUUUUCUGAUGAUUAUCCCUUUUGUACUAACGGAGUGUAUUUCUACUGUGGAAAGAUGGGUUCAGGAAAGACUUAUGGUGUCAUUAGACAUAUCAUGAUAACGGACAGGUUUAUAAAGACUCCUUAUUAUGACUCCAUUGUAAUCUCUGCAACAUCAGGAACAAUGGACAAAACCGCCAAAACAUUUAUGAGUCAAGUCAGUUAG